AUGGCUAAAGAAAUCUGUCCAAGACUUAUCUUUGUUCGUCAUGGACAAACCGAGUGGUCCAAAUCUGGUCAAUAUACGUCCAUCACUGACUUACCGUUAACUCCCUUUGGAGUUAGACAAAUGAGAGCUACAGGUCAAAAUCUCCUUGGUACUAAACCUAACAAUUUGGUACAAACUCCCAAUUUACGUUAUGUGAUUUCAUCUCCAAGAACAAGAGCAAGACAAACUGUUGAAUUGAUAUUGGAAACCUUAACACCUGAAGAAAGAGCUAAAAUUGAAUGUAGAGUUGAUGAAAGAAUUAGAGAAUGGGAAUAUGGUGAUUAUGAAGGUCUUUUAACCAAGCAAAUCAUUGAAUUGAGAGAACUGCGUGGUCUUGGAUCUUCAUGGAACAUUUGGGCCAAUGGAUGUGAAAAUGGUGAAACCUAUGUUGAUGUUACUAAACGUUUGGAUGAACUCAUUGCUGAUAUUCGUAAGAUUCAUCUCAAAGCUUUAGAAGAAGAAAAAUCUUGUGAUAUCAUUAUUGUUGCUCAUGGUCAUAUUCUUAGAAGUCUUGCUGCUCGUUGGGUUGGUUACCCAGUUCAUUGUAAUCCUAAAUAUAUGUUGGAUGCUGGUGGUGUUGGGGUCCUUUCUUACCAACAUCACAAUAUCGAAGAACCUGCAUUACAACUUGCAGGUGCGUUUGUUGUUCCUGUGGAAGAAGAAGGAAAGGACAUUUAG